GACAAAUAGAGGCAUCAUCAAGUUCUACAACUCAAGUAUUCAUUGACUCGGACCUUCAGGAAAUCGUCAAAUUUCGUGAAAGCUACCAAUGGGAACCUCCAGCUUUACAACGACAUUUACCUCAAAUUCUACAAAAAUCACCAAUUGAAGCAGCUGGUCAAAUAUACAAGAUUGAGCAGCUAACUGCACUGCAACCUUCCUCUUUCCAGAGGGGUGCUACAUAUAGCUGCAUCGCAAAGAUAACAGCCAUAGUACCGUCAAUAAAAUGGUACUACAAAGCCUGCCUAACUUGCAAAAUAGGAUACAACAGCAUUUCAGAAACUCCAAGAUGUGAUUGUGCUACUUCACAGCCCAUGCCUAUGUUCAAGCUUCCUCUUGCACUUACAGAUGAUACAGGAAGCAUAGAAGCAAUAGCUUUCUCUUCCAUAGCUGAAGAUUUAGUAGAGCGUAAUGCAUACCAAGCUUCUCAAAACAUGAAGAUACAUGCAACAGACCAUGCAGCGUCUUUACAAACAGCUGUUGGGAAAAUAAGACUAUUCCACAUAGGAAUGAGUACUGAUAUGUCAUCAAACUUCUCCAUUAAAUAUGUCAUCCGGAAGAGUUUUCCAAUCGACAAACCACCCUCAACAUCACUUCUGUCACAUAAUGAGAAUACACCUGCAUCGCCUAUAUUACCUCUUCCAGCAACUAAUGACACAUCCAGCGUCACCAGUUCUGCUGCGAAGAGAACUAUAGACUUUGAUCAUAGCGAAACACAUGCACCAUCCAUGGCAGAUGAUGCAAAACGUCAAAAAAAAUAAUAAAACGAUAGUGGAGAAUCCAUAACUUCACUUAUCCAAGAUAGUCGAUACAAAGUCCAAUCACUUCACAAAAUGAUGCAGACAUUUCCAUUUCCUCCUAGAAUAAAAUUAAAGCAAC